AUGCCGUUCGGAGGCAAGGGUAAAGGGAAGGGACGUGGAGGAGGGCCGCGCUUUGGAGGAGAAAGGAGGGGUCCUCUAGCAGCGCCUCCUCCGCCUUAUCCUUCUACGUAUGAGGUUUCCGAGUUUCAGGGCCUAACACCGGAGGACGAGAUGCUCGUCAGCUACCAACGAGACCUUGUCAACUACUGGAUCCAAAUCUCAACGUCGGAACGCUCAGUGUGCUUCACUUCCUCUGGGGCGGUACAGGCCUCGAAACGGCGGAAGUUGAGCCAACCUGGUUGGCGAGAGACGGGGAAAGAAUCGGGAGAGUCCCUUUGGAAGCAGCUUGUUGCGGAAGUCGGCUCAGCGGACUACUUCCCACUGGAGCUCCAAACCGACACUCUCGCGACUUUCCGGUCCAAGGAAGCUAAUGAACGACGGAAAAACCGGAAGAGUUUACUCAAGCGACUGGAACAGGCUGGAGGGGAUGGUGAUGAUGAUGGCGGCGAGUCUGAUAAUGAUGACAACGAGGCGAUGGAGGAGUACGCUGAAGUCACCGACAAUGAGAGCUUCGGAGGAGAUGACUAUGAGAUAACAGCGGACUACUUCCCACUGGAGCUCCAAACCGACACUCUCGCGACUUUCCGGUCCAAGGAAGCUAAUGAACGACGGAAAAACCGGAAGAGUCUACUGAAGCGACUGGAACAGGCUGGAGGGGAUGGUGAUGAUGAUGGUGGCGAGUCUGAUAAUGAUGACAACGAGGCGAUGGAGGAGUACGCUGAAGUCACCGACAAUGAGAGCUUUGGAGGAGAUGACUAUGAGAUAACAGGUGAGUUCGAGGAUGAGGGUGCUCGAGGAGGAGAUGAAGAUGAUGAUGACGGAGGAGCAGCUGAUUAUUUCUAG